GUGCGCGAAUCAAAAGCUGCUUGUGCUGCCAUUACACUCCACGCUGUCUACGGAGCAGCAGCAGAUUAUCUUCAACAGACCGCCCGCGGGCACGCGCAAAGUGGUUGUCAGCACAAAUAUUGCCGAAACCUCCAUUACUGUGGACGAUGUUGUGCAUGUAAUCGACAGCGGGAGAGUCAAAGAGAUGGGCUUUGAUGCCACCAACAACAUGUCUGUGCUGCUAGAUCAAUGGGCGUCUAAGGCCUCGCACAAACAACGGAUGGGGCGAGCGGGUCGUGUAACAGCAGGACACUGUUACUGCAUGUUCAGCAAGAAGCGAUACGCACAGAUGCACGCACAGAGCGAUCCAGAGAUUGUACGAGUGCCGC